ACUCCACAAAUUCUCAUGGCGUCUUCCAAAUCCAAACAAUCAUUUCUUCCUCCCCAUUUCCUUCUCUUCCCUGUUAUGGCUCAAGGCCAUCAAAUCCCCAUGGCCGAGCUCGCCAAGCUCUUAUCUCAAAAUGGUGUAAAAAUCACUCUCAUUACAACCCCACAAAACGCAACUCGAAUCCAACCCCUUCUCUCUCAAUCUCCUCUUAUUCAAAUUAUCCAAAUCCCAUUCCCAGCUCAUCAACAAAACCUUCUCCAAAACUCCGAAAAUUUCGAUUCUUUACCUUCGCUUCACUUAGUCCCUCAAUUCUUAACCGCAACUUCCUUCCUCUGUUCCGAAACAGAGCAUUUGUUUCCUCAACUCUCUCCGAAACCAUGUUGUAUUAUCUCAGACAUGGCCUUGCCUUGGACUAUUCAAAUCGCUCAUAAGUUUAAUGUUCCUAGGCUUGUUUUCUAUAGCUUGUCUGCUUUCUAUCUUCUGUUUAUGGCAAAUUUACGAGAUACCGAUUUUGGGGAGAAAAUCAUGGCUGCUUCUGAUUCUGAGCUAAUAUCUAUCCCUAAUUUUCCUGAUCCGAUUCAAGUUACCAAGUCUCAACUUAUCUUUACUUUGGAUCCUGUGUUCUUGGAGUGGGGGAAUCAAAUGGCUAAAGCUGAUAGUGCUUCUUAUGGUUUUAUUAUGAAUUCAUUCGAUGGGUUAGAGCCUACAUACCUCGAGGAGUUGAAGAAGGCAAUAGGAUCAGACAAAGUUUGGUGUAUUGGGCCAGUUUCACUAUGCAACAAAGACACAAAAGACAAAGCAAGAAGAGGGAACAAAGCCGCCAUUGACGAACAAGAAUGCAUGGAGUGGCUAGACAGGCAAGAGCCAGAGUCAGUAAUAUACGCCGCACUAGGCAGUAUAUGCAACGUAACAGCACCGCAAAUCAUAGAGCUGGGGCUAGCUCUAGAGGCAUCCAACAAGCCAUUUAUUUGGGUCAUAAGACAAACCAAGUCAACAGAAAAGGAAGUAGAAAAUUGGUUGGCGGAGACAGAGUUUGAACAGAGGAUCAAAGAUAGAGGCCUUGUGGUCCGUGGUUGGGCUCCACAAGUGUUGAUAUUAUCACAUCCAGCUGUUGGCGGCUUCGUCACGCAUUGCGGUUGGAACUCGACCAUUGAAGGGAUAUCGUCGGGAGUGCCGAUGGUGACUUGGCCACUGUUCGCGGACCAAAUGUUCAACGAGAAGAUGAUAGUUGAAGUGUUGAGAAUUGGAGUGAGUGUGGGAGUGGAGAAGUGUUUAAGGUGGGGAGUUGAGGAGGAAAUUGGAGUGCAAGUGAAGAAGGAAGGCAUUAGAGAUGCAAUUGAGAAGGUGAUGAGUGGAGAAGGGGAGGAGAUGAGAAGAAGAGUGAGGGAAUUAGCUGCAAUAGCAAAGGCUGCCAUGGAAGAAGGAGGUUCUUCUCAUCUCAAUUUGAAGCUGUUGAUUGAAGAGAUUAUGCAUCAGGCAGAUUCUGUGCAGCCCCAAAAAACUUUUUAAAUUCAGUCUCCAACCACAAUGUUGCUGAAGCGUUAAAAUUCAUUCUAUCACUCGACUCAGCUUUCCAUUUUUUUAUGUAUUCAACAAUCUGAGUUGAUCAAUAACAUCUUCAGGAUUCUGUUUUGCA